ACCAUCAUUACAUAAGUGAGGAUAUGAACCGCAGAUAACAUUGCCAAGAGCGAACGGCUAGAUUAAGCUUGGAAGUAGCAAAGGUACCAUCUCAAGUCGCUUAUCCUCAUCAGAUCGAACAAACACUCUUCUGUCUUCCAACUGACACAAGGACUAUCAAUAUAAUUCAAGAACAAGGCCGAAACCCAGCAAGCCAAGCGAAGAAAAAGAAAGAAAAGGGGGAAAUAAAAGGCCUGGAAAAUGACACGAUCCAAGGCAAAAGUCCGGAACAAAAAGCAGAAAACUGUGGCGGAUGAUCUCUUAGAUCCUGGCAAAAGCCAUUUGACAAUGCAGCAAGAAGCGCGCAACACUGAAGGACGCAGCCUAUGGAGGACAGGUGCCUCACUACGCCACCAAACAGUCCGUUUCGUGAGCGCCCGGGACAUUAACCGGGAGAGUGAAACGCAAACCCCUCCCAGCACAAUUGAGACUACCGCACAGGAAGAGAACCUGGAAACACUGGCGAUCAAGAAUUGCGACCAGCCGACGGCUACAUUCUUGCCAGAGAGCAGGCCGGGAAACGAGGACCCAUCCUUCUGCGCCGAGUUAGUUGACAACCUCGAAUCGACAGCGAUAUCGGAUCCCAUAGUUCAUUCCACCACGCUGUCUCACGCGGAUUCGAGUGAAGAUGAGGUUGUGUUUCGUGGCCGGAGAUACCAGCAUGGGGAACGCAGAUCCCACCCCUCGGAGAUCCAGACGCAAAAGGUUGUCCCUAUCGCCGGUAGUCAGCAACCAAGAGCAUCCGAGCCCAGCGAAUCGGAAAUCCCUUGCUCAAACUCCGAGUCCAACUCAUUGCCCGCUCCCAAACCAUCACAGACAAAAAACUGCCCCCAGGAAAUGGACAGCCCAAGUUACAUUUCGCUUGCCAGCGAUAGGCGGCUGCGCAAAAAAUGGAAAAGAGACGACGAUGACAUACUCGCCGACUACAUAGACAAUAUUGACAGCGAAUACUCGAUACUGGGCAGUUCUCUACACCCUGUUAAAGCUCAAGAACCAGACAAUCCCGACAAGGUGGUACCAACGUCCGUUAUGGGUUUGAACUCCGCAGCUGAAAAGAAUCUGCGCCCGAAUGAGGAUUCCGCUCAACGCGGUAAUAUGACACUGGGCGAUGAACAAGAGUGCGGCGAGAAUGAUAAUUUAGAGUGUCACUACAACCAUUGGAAUCAAGAAAUAAAUCAAGAGGCAUCGGUUGACCGAAUAUUCCGUACGAAUGGCGCCUCACCCGCUUCAUCAGACGAUACAGACACAGAGGACGUAGAAGAGGAAAAUUCUGAGAAACUGCACACAUAUGACAACGGUUUCUUUGCGUCUGCGACGGCUUUUGCUGAUGCACUGGAAUUUGAUCCCUACUAUGGAUUCGAUAUCAUGGACUACAACCGACCAAGUGUGAAAAAGAAGUCUAAAGGAAAGGGCCGUCCUUUGGAUAUCAAUCUAUCAGACAGUGAACUUGAGUCUGAGCUGGUGAAUGCCUGGCAAAACGACAGGGCAAAGAAGAAGGCCAGGAAGCAAAAACGCGAAGAGCUACGCUCUCUGGGCCUAUUGGGCCGGGGCCGCCAAAACCCGUCCCUAAAAGACAAAUAUUCCAAUGGAAUAGGCAACGAGGACCUGAAAAGCGAAAUUCGACAUUUUCUCCUCUCACCAAGAGACAGCUUGGCUCUGCCUCCCAUGUCGAAGCAGCACCGCAAACUGGUCCACGAGCUGGCCAAUGUUUUGUCUAUGAAAUCGCAAUCUCGAGGCAAGGGAUCCUCGAGGUUUCCCAUCGUGCACAAGACCUCUCGGACUCCUACAUAUACAUCCAAAACCGUGUCUCAAAUGGAUCGGAUCUUAUCAAACGGGCGUGGCCAACGCGGGCUCAAACCCCGGGACUCGAAGACGAGCAAGCCUAGCAAGUCGCGCCGCGGGCGAACCGAUGCAACCGUUUCCUACAUGGAUGGUGAUGUCGUCGGAGGAUCGGCACCUGAAAUUGGUGCCGAGAAUAAGGGCAGGGCUAUGCUUGAGAAAAUGGGAUGGAGUAUUGGCACCCCUCUUGGUUCUAUGAAUAAUAAGGGUAUUCUUCUACCUGUUGCACAUGUUGUGAAGAACUCGAGGGCUGGGUUAGGAUAAAUAGCAUGCGCACGCGAUAGUCAGAGCAAGUUGGUAGUCUCGGCUUCUUUUCUCCAGUUUUCUCUUUUCGUUACCCUACGUGCCGUGAUAAUAGGGCAACAGGCCUGUAAAAGAGAUACGUGUGAA